AUGGCACAGACUACUUAUACUACUCGCGUCAAUCAUGGACUUCAGGUUGGAAACAACCAGGGUUCAAUUGAAGCAAGCUUCUAUGCCUAUACUGCUGAAGAUAUCGAUCGGCUUUGCCUUCGUGACCUACGCUGCCCCAACUCACUAGCUGUGAAGAAUCGGCUGAAAAAGACUAAAGACAAGCUUCUCCUUCAAUCGUUCGAAUGGAUCCUUCAAAACCCAGAGUAUCUGAGUUGGCGAGAUGGAGAAGAUAUCUGUUUGCUUUGGAUCAAGGGCGGUGCCGGCAAAGGGAAAACCAUGAUGUCGAUUGGUCUUAUCGAGGAACUCUCACGGAUACGCCAUGAACCUACUGUGGUAGCUUAUUCAUUUUGCGAAAAUGCCAACAAUGCGCUAAACACUCUGGAAUCAAUCAUAAAGGGGUUGAUUCUGCAAUUGAUGAAUCAGCAAACCGACCUAAAGGAAUCUCUUCGCAGCCGUUGGGAUACUAUGCAUGACCGAUUUAAUGAGGACAUGACCUCGUGGCAAAAUCUGUGGAAUGUUCUUAUGGAGAUGCUGGACCGGUGCCAUUGCUCAAAGAUAUUCAUUAUUGUGGACGCUCUUGAUGAGUGCCAAGAUAAAGGUAUGGCGGACUUCUUCAAACGCCUUGUCCGUAAUGGACUAGAUCAACCCGCCAAGAUCAAAUGGCUCUUAACGAGUCGACCGUUAGACAGUGCAGAGCGGGCACUGCUUGUUGGUCGUGAUCAGGUCCAAGUCAAUCUUGACCUUAAAUCGAAAUUUGUCUUUGAAGCGGUAGAGGCCUACAUCUCCUAUAAAGUGGAUGAGCUCAGUCAUCUUCACAGAUAUAGAAAGACCUUAAGCACUGAAGUGAAAGCCAAGCUUACUACGAAGGCUGAGGGUACCUUUCUAUGGGUGAGCCUAGUUUGUAAGACACUCGAGAGUGUCAGCCAAGAUAAGGUCUUGACCACAAUUCGAAACUUGCCUCCAGGCCUACAUCCUUUCUACGAUCGGAUAUUGAACCAGCUAAGCAAAGGCGAGCCAGAUGAUGUCUACAAGUGUAUGCGACUGCUUAAGGCUAUGAUACUAGCAUACCGACCUUUGAAAAUGGAAGAAGUUCCGAGUGUAACUGGUCUAACCAACGAAGACGACGCUAUUCAGAUGUUAGUCAAUCGCUGUGCUUCAUUUGUCAGGAUGCAAGAACAUAAAAUCGAGUUUGUUCAUCAGUCUGCUCGAGACUACUUAGCUGGGGAGAAUGGACAGUCUUUACUUGACUCAUAUGAACGCUUUGGACAUAAUGAAGUCGUCUUGUGCUGUCUUUCUUACUUGUCUAAUCGUCUAAAGGUAAAUCUUCUAGAUUUAUCGCGACUUGACUCAACCAGAGAAUCAUCGAAACCACAGAAAGACACGCAAGGAAGUGUCCGACUAUCUUGUCUAAACUAUGCAGCUACUUUCUGGGUGCAGCAUCUCAAGAGUAUAAAGCGAACAGACAAAGCACAGAGCGUGUUUAUUGAGAAGGGUGUGGUCGGUACAUUCCUCAAUAAAAGGUUGUUGGAAUGGCUAGAAUGUCUUAGCUUAUUAGAUAGGCUACCGUGGGCCAUCGGAUUACUCAAAACAUUGCAGAAUGUAGUGGAGGGCGACCCUUCAGCAUCAGCACUCGUGCAGGAUGCCACACGUUUCUUGUUGCGAAACUACUAUACUAUAGCUCAUUGGCCAUUACAGAUCUACAGCUCAGCUGUUAUCUUUAGCCCUGAACUAAGUAUCGUGAAGAGGAAAAAUUCAGACAAAACCUCAGGAUAUCUAAAAAGGGCCCCAGUGGAGGAGACUUGGGGUUCUCUGGUUCAGACCUUAGCAGGCCACGCGGACACCGUCCAAACUGUGGCAUUUUCACCAGAUGGCACGCAGAUUGCAUCAGGCUCUUGGGACAAAACCAUCAAGCUUUGGGAUACUACAACGGGCGACCUUCUGAAGACACUGGAGGGACACUCAGACCAGGUUUCGACUAUAGCUUUUUCGCCAGAGGGCACCCAGAUCGCAUCAGGCUCUGAUGAUAAAACCAUAAAGCUCUGGGAUACUACAACGGGCGACCUUCUGAAGACACUGGAGGGACACUCUGACUGGGUUAGGACUAUAGCCUUUUCACCAGAUCGCACCCAGAUCGCAUCAUGCUCUGUUGAUAAAACCAUCAAGCUCUGGGAUACUAUAACGGGCGACCUUCAAAUGACAAUAGAGGGACAUUUAGACAGGGUCAAUGUUGUGGUCUUUUCGCCAGACGGUACCCAGAUUGCAUCAUGCUCUGAUGAUAAAACCAUAAAGCUCUGGAAUACUAUAACGGGCGACCUUCAGAAGACACUAGAGGGACACUCAGACUCGAUUUCGAGUAUGGCCUUUUCGCCAGAUGGCACCCAAAUUAUAUCAGGCUCUGUUGAUAAAACCAUCAAGCUCUGGGAUACUAUAAUGGGCGACCUUCAAAUGACACUAGAGGGACACUUAGACAGGGUCAAUGUUGUGGUCUUUUCGCCAGACGGUACCCAGAUUGCAUCAGGAUCUGUUGAUACAACCAUCAAGCUCUGGGAGACCGUAACAGGCAAUCUUCAGAAGACACUAGUUGGGCACUCGAACCUACUCACAACUAUGGUCUUUUCGCCAGACGGCACCCAGAUUGCAUCAGGCUCUAUUGAUACAACCAUCAAGCUCUGGGAUACCGUAACAGGCAAUCUUCGGAAGACUCUAGAGGGACACUCAGACAUCAUAGGGACUAUGACAUUUUCACCAGAUGGCACCCAAAUCAUAUCAGGCUCUUCUGACUGCACUAUCAAACUUUGGGAUACCAUAACAAGUGACUCUCAGAAGAAAAUAGAAGGCCACUUGGGUGGGGUUGAUAUUGUGGUCUUCUCGCCAGAUGGCACCCAGAUUGCAUCCGCCUGUGGAGACAAAACAGGCGCUGAAGAUGAAACCAUCAUGCUUUGGGAUACUAUGGGCGGGCAUAUUGUAUCAGGCUCUAUUGAUAACACUAUCAAGCUUUGGGAUACCGUAACUGGUGAUCUUCAGAAUACAUUAAACGGACACUCGAAAUCGGUUAGGACUGUCGCCUUUUCACCAGAUGGCACCCAGAUCGUAUCAGGCUCUGAUGACAAAACUAUCAAGCUUUGGGAUACCAUAACUGGUGAUCUUCAGAAUACAUUAAAAGGACACUCGAAAUCGGUUAGGACUGUCGCCUUUUCACCAGAUGGCACCCAGAUCGCAUCAGGCUCUGAUGAUAGAACCAUCAAGCUUUGGGGUACGACAACGGGUGAUCUUCAGAAGACACUAAAAGGACACUCGAAAUCGGUUAGGACUGUGGCCUUUUCAUCAGAUGGCACCCAGAUCGCAUCAGGCUCUGAUGAUAGAACCAUCAAGCUUUGGGAUAUUUGCAAAUAUCUCAAUGCCUCAAAAUUUCUUCCACGAUAUUUCAAUAGCGGUUUCAAGGUCCAACUACGGGAAGAAAUUCAGACAUCAGAGCCAGUACAUGACCUAAAAUAUUCGGCAGGUGACUGGUAUCUUGCAACAAACAUUGGACCUAUCAGGAGCGAAGGCAUUGCUAGAGACAGACGGGAAGGCAAUCCAUCGUCUUUACUGAGUCUAUCCAUAAGAGAGCAAUGGAUAUGCUAUGAAAGAAUUCCGUUCUUUCGGCUACCUUCCGAUUUCCAACCAUUAUCCUAUGAUGUGCGUGGCGAUCAAGUCGCUAUUGGAUUCGGAAAUGGUCAAGUUCUGAGCUUUUACGUCGAUCGACGUAUCCUGCAGACAAUGCAAGAAUUUGCUGAAGUGACAAUCAAGCAGACCACAUAG